AGCAAACAGUGCUUAACUCACUAGUUAGGAAAUAAAAAGCGUACCUUAGACCCACGAGGGUGCCUUACUGUUAUAGCCAACACUAACCUGAUCUUUAUAGAAGCCUAGCUUCUCUCGGACUCUAGCUCAAUGCUCGUCCUAGACUCUCCAAUAGAUAAAGAUAAACUUCCUAGGACCUUUAUUAUUAUCCAAGCUGAGGUCCUUCCCUACUCUAGGACUCUUAUAGCUUAUCCGUUCAUCUCGAAUUUCAGUAUCUCCGCAGAUAACCUCGGUCUAGCCGAGAUUACCUCGGUGCCAUGACCAGGACACAUGGCAUCUCGGCUGGCACUUCGGUGCCACCUUGGCUACGUGUUGCUAUUCACAAAAAUAUGUCCCCACAACUGCCCCCUAGGUUUUGUUACCUCGGUAUCCUGAGGUGAUGAAACCUACAUCAUUUGUCCAUACAACACGUCGGCUAAAACUGACCAUAUCCUUCAUUACCAAGGUCAUAACUCGUCGGCUUCCAUAUGACCAAGACUGCAAUCUGUUUUACCAAUGCCCAAAAACGAAAAACAAAAAACUUUUUAAGUUCUUUAACUGAGAUUGUCCCCCUAACCGAGGUCUCUGCUUCAUUUAAAUCAAGAACUCCAAGAGUUCCACAUGCGCAUGAGCUGUCACGCACGGCUUCUCAACUGUUUUCGCCACGUGUCUUCUCUUUAUUGAUCGGUACCUGACACGAGCCAUCCAGUCGCGUCGUUUCUGCGCGUGUCGUCUGACAGACAUGUCGUCUAAGGCAUACAUUUAAGCAUUGCCGCCUUUUCGUGUUUCAACAAAACAUUACAUCCUCUCCUUGUCUCUUCACUUUUGCAUCCUCAUUUUUCCUCCAUUUUCCAGUUUUUCUCUCUCUAAAGCUUUUCUCCUAAAAAACCACCAUUUUUGUACUUUGAAGCUUCUACAAAUUGCUCCGAUCAUCUCCUCCGGCGAGCAUUUCAUCAUCUGGCUUUGACUACUCACGCUGUCUGACUCUGGCGAGUUUCAUAUCGGCGCCAUCUUCUUUGGUGAGUCUCUGUUCUUUUCCCUUUUUAGUCUGUAAUUUAUUUCAAAAUUUCAUUGUAUCUAAUUGCUGCCAUUGCGAACCUGUUCGUGUUCUUGAAUAUUUGCUUGUGUAUUGAAUUCCAUCAUAUUUGUUUAUGAUUUUGCUUCUGUCCAAUUCGUUUCUGGGCAUUUUUAUACACAUUUUGCUCACACACUUGCUAGCUUGCCACCGUUUUUGGCUUUGCACUUUUGCACACACUUCGUUACAGUGUUUUUUGAUUUCCUAUUUCUUUCUUGAGUCUAAAUCAUACUCUUUUUCUGUUUUCCUUGUUUGCAUUUUCCAGAUUCUUGUCUUUAUUUCUCUACUUCUACAUAGAUUUAGGCUUGGGUUUUGGUAGAGAAAUCACGUUCUUAGAAAAACUGAAACAAACUUCCUUUGGUCUUGAAAAACCCUUAUCCCAGUUUCUGUUUUGGGUUUAGCCGAGGUCCCUAAAACCCACACAAACCUCUUUCUUCUGAAUUCUCACUCCUUGUCCUUCUAGCCAACGUCAUAGAUAUGUUUAGGUGGAGGGUGGACACUCUAGAAAAGCUUGAAUACUUUAGGCAAGAGUUCUCCAUCCCUGCCGAUGUCCAUCUUAGGUUGGCAGGGGAGGGGGACUCCAUCAUGCCUAAUGAUAACUUCAUGCCCUUUCUAAUAGUUGCUUUUAUAGAGUGCGGGCUUAGGUUCCCUCUAAACAUCCUUUUUCGAGAAGUCCUUCACUACUAUAAGCUCAACCCGAUGUAAUUGGCCAUUAACUCCUAUAGAUUUAUUAAUGGUAUCAUUGUUUUAGCUAGCCGAGAAAACACUAGGAUAACCCUAGCCGAUAUCCAAUACUGUUACACCAUAUGUGGUCUAAAAUCAGAAAAAGGCUACAUCUAUUACCUUAAGCCGAGAUCCACAGAAUACAAAUUCAUCACCAACCUAGUAGACUGAGCAAAGGUGGUGGAGAUGAUUAUUUCAUCGUCUCGGACAACUGAGAGUUCUCACCAGAUGAUGACCUCCACCUCUAUCCCUUGAGCCGAUCAGUCUUUAAAGAGGGUAAUGGUAAGAACCAAGUGUCACUUUACUCACUUUCAAGUCUUUAUUACUUUGUUCCUUUUUAUAUGUUCUAAUGUUUGUUUUUUACUUUGCAGCUCUUCCUCAGCAUCCAAAGGACUUCUGCAAAACCUUCUAUCCCAACAAAGACUUCAAGAAGCUGCUGGGCUUGCCUGUCAAUCAGUGCAAGACCCCUUUGCUGCUCAACUACAUCUCAACCUAUAAAUCCACAUUGCCCGACGUCUCCAAGAAGAACAAGUCUCCACCUUCUGUGACAACACCCCCAACUACUUCAUCACCAAGUCCUGAUCAGGCCUCAACCUCUGACCUAGCAAAGCAGCCAUCGACAUCUGCUCUACAACUAAUUCCUCCAGUCCAGCGUCAACGCCGAUGUCGAGCUCUACUGCUCGCCUUCGCAAGCAGAACUUGUAGCAGAAAAUGCCGAAGUACUGAGGCGUCGGCUUACGAUCCAACCAACCCACUGACUGCACUUCCAGCGAUCCACUUCGGCACUAGAGUCACUGUCGCUGUCGCCGACGACGAGAUGUGGUGCAAAAAGGCCAUUGCUGAAGACCUUGUAGCCGACCUCUCCGAUGUUGUCACAGUCCAAUCUUCACCAUCGCAAUCCCAACCAAAGGCCAAGCCAAAAAUGGUGAAGAAGGCCAAAGCCAAGGCAAUAGUGACUCAGAUCGACUUUGAGGACACUUUGCCUAGAUCCAAGCUGGCCGAGGUUGAGAAAAGCACCUCCGUUGCCGAGAAGAGGCCUGCCGAGGCUGACCUCUCUUAAUUUACUAAGUCAAAGAAGCCGAGGUCGGACUGUGCAGCCAUUUCGAGUUCUCUUAAAUCUGAUGACCCCUGGGCCCCCUCUAUCAUGAUUGAAGACAAGCUAGUCAGAACCGGCGAUAGCGCUUCUGAUAUUGAGGUCGGCGUUGCCCUCUCCACUGCGUUGCUCCUUCCCAACGACCUCAACCGUAUGACCGAGUUCAGCGAAUAUGAAAAUUGCGCUUUGAUAGUGUAACACUCUGUACUGGCGAUCCAGCACGCCUACUCCUUUGCAAUGCAGGCCGAGGACAUGAAGAAGGAGUUGGUCCACAAGACGAAGGAAGCUGUUGGCUUGCUUAAAUCUUUAAACAACGCCGAGGUCAAGAUGAGAAUGUUGAUAAAUCAGACCAAGGUAGCCAAACAAGCUCAAGACGAGGCCGAGGAAAAGGCAGGCGCUGCAGAGGCUAUUGCUGAGGUUCUUAAAGCCGAGAAAAAAGAGGCCGAAGCAAAAAUUGCCAAAGCCCAAGCAGAGCUCCGAGGUGCCUUGGCCACAAAAGAUGCUAAGAUCAAAGCGGCGGACGAGAAGGCCUAUGCCGAGGGGGGCAGUCGACGUCCGCGAGGAGUACAAGAAACAAGUCAGACAGGCAUGCAACAAGAGUUACACUCUUGGUUGAUUGGCUGCUCUGAAGGAAUUGGCUGUCCCUGAGGACUCUCCUCUCAAAGAUGAAGGCUGGCUUGCGCUGCCAUUUCCUCAUACUUCAAGCCAAUCUAAGGCUAAGGCUGGGGGGGAAGAAGGAGAAGAAGAAGAAGAUGGAGAGGAAGACGAAAACGAAGAGAUCGAGGUGGUAGUUGAUGCUGAAGUUCCUGCUGGGGCCAAGUCCCCAACUUUGUAUGAGCAAGUCCUGGACUUGACUCAAGAUGAGCAGGACGAGGUCUUAAAAGGUGCCUCCCCCAAGAAGACUAUAUCCGAGGUGCCUAUCGCCGAGAAGGGCCUCGAUCAAACUUUGCAAGAAAUCGACGCCAAGCUCGAGGCUGAGAAGGCUGCCGAGAAGAUGUCAUAGUUGUCUUCUAGGACAUAUCCUGCCACCGACGCCGAGUAGUCUUAACUAAGAGCUUUUAUUUCUGUGCCUUCUACUUUUUGCUCUAUGAACAAUGUUUGCUUUUGUUUGGUCGAUGUGCCCCUCAUUUUUUGUAAAUGCACAAGUAAUCCUUCUGCGGGCCGAUGCACCUUCUUUGUAUCUGAUCAAUUUUCUUUUCUGAAUGCAAGUCUUUAUUUGUGCUUGUAUGCUUUACUGCUUCUAUACUUAGAAUAUUUUGCAUGUCUUCAAAAGAUACCUUUAUCAUUAUGACCUCGUCAGAGUAUAAUACCUCGGACAUAACUUCAUAAUUGUUUAUCUCGGCCAUGGCUUAACACUUGAAAACAUUGUAAAAA